GAAGAUAGCACUUAUCCUCUUCAAUUCUCUUCCUCAACCACUUCCUAGAUUUCCCUCAGUUAAACCCCACAAGCUCUCCAUUAACCAUGCAAUGGCGGAUUCGUCUCUUCACCUCCUCUCCAAUGGCGGAUUCAUCCGCCAUUCUUCUCCUUCCCCUCUUUUCCCCUCUCUUCCCCGCUUCAGAACCCUCCAUUUCCCCGUACUUUCCAAUUCCAGAACCUCCUUCAUCUUCCCUUCCAAACUCCCUCCCCGCGUCCCCACCAUUCCUCCCCUCUCCUCCCCGCUCCCUCCAUCUCCGCCUCACACCGACCAUCACUCCGACUUUCAGGAGAAAAUGCUCUUCCUCGACUCCAUCGGCAUCGACUUCCUCUCCGUCAUCAAAGACCACCCUCCCGUCGCCUCCGCUUCCCUCCCCGACAUCAGAUCAGCCGUCGAUUUCAUGACCUCCAUGAAUUUCACCGCCCUCGAAUUCCGUCGAAUCGUCGGUAUGUGCCCUGAGGUUCUCACCUCUCGCGCUUCUGAUCUCAUCCCUAUCUUCACCUUCCUCCUCCGCGAAGCUCGAGUCGACGGUUCCGACAUCAAACGCGUUAUCAAUCGACGCCCUAGAUUGUUAGCCUGUAGCGUGAAGGAUCAGCUCCGUCCAACUCUCUACUUCCUGCAAAGCAUCGGCAUAUCCGAGGUACAUAAACACACAUCCUUACUCUCAUGUAGCGUUGAAGAGAAACUGAUUCCGAGAAUCGAGUUCUUCGAGAACUUAGGGUUUUGCCGACGGGAUGCUUUGAUAAUGUUCCGGCGAUUCCCGCAGCUGUUUUGCUAUAGCAUAAAGGAGAAUCUGGAACCGAAACUUAAUUACUUUGUGGUGGAAAUGGGGAGAGAAUUGAAAGAGUUGAAGGAAUUUCCUCAUUAUUUCUCGUUUAGUUUAGAGAACAGGAUCAAGCCAAGACAUCAAAGCUGUGUGGAGAAGGGAGUUUGUUUUCCAUUGCCGGAGUUGUUGAAAAGCAGUGAGAUGAAAUUCCGGGAGAAAUUGGAGAAAUCAAAGCAGAAGGGCGUCAUGUAUAACAAUGUGGUUAAAUCGAAUGACUACAUUCAUGAUGAGGGGUCUUCAAAAGAUGCUCUUAGUUGUGUUCAAACACCUGUGUCUGCAAAAGGAGGAAGGGCGUACAACAAGUCAAAGACUUCAAGGAAAACUACAUCUGGGCCUCAAACACCUAUCUCAGACACUAGCACUUAUUCUCCCCUUACUCCUGCUGGAAACUGUCGAUAUGACAGUUCUUUAGGUCUUCUGACAAAAAAAUUCAUCAAUUUAAUUAAGCAAGCAAGGGAUGGCAUUCUUGACUUGAACAAGGCUGCAGAAACUUUGCAGGUGCAGAAAAGGAGAAUAUAUGACAUAACAAAUGUUUUGGAAGGCAUAGGUCUCAUAGAAAAGAAGCUGAAAAACAUAAUAUAUUGGAAAGGAUUUAAUCAACAAAUUCCAGGAAAUGUGGAUAGUGACGCUUCUAUGUUGCAGGUGGAUGUUGAAAACCUUUCUUUUGAAGAGCGUAGAUUAGAUGAUAAGAUAAGAGCAAUGCAGGAAAGACUGAGGAAUUUGAGUGAAGAUGAAAAUAUCCAAAAGUGGCUGUUCGUAACAGAAGACGACAUUAAAAACUUGCCUUGCUUUCAGAAUGAAACGCUGAUAGCAAUUAAAGCUCCUCAUGGAACCACAUUGGAAGUUCCUGAUCCUGAUGAAGCUGUUGAUUAUCCACAGAGAAGAUAUAGGAUAGUUCUUAGGAGUACAAUGGGUCCUAUUGAUGUAUAUCUUGUCAGUCAAUUUGAGGAAAAGUUUGAGGAGAUGAAUGUGGUGCAGCCACCUAGUAGCUUCCUACAUGCUUCCAGUUCAGGAUCAAAUGAACAUCUAGCAACAGAAGCAAUCAUUGGGGAGAGUAGUAGAAACGAAAUUGAACCUCUAGCUCAUCUGUCCCAACACAGCAGCAGCUGUGAUGUGAAUGGUUCAAAUGAGUUUCCUGGAGGAAUGAUGAAGAUUCUUCCUUCAGAUAUUGAUAAUGAUGCAGAUUACUGGCUGUUAUCAGAUGCUGAAGUCAGCAUUACAGAUAUGUGGAGAACAGAUUCAGAUAUUGCAUGGGAUCAAUCAGAUAUGGUUACUCAUGACUUCUUAAUAUCUGAUGUCAAUACUCAAAGGUCAAGACUAGGAAGCCCACACUCAGAGACAGCUGAAGCACCAUCUGAUGUUAACUUAAGACAGAGGUGACAAAGGAACAGAUCUGAUUUUAAUUCAUUAGUGAUCUGUUCCCAUCCUCAUUAAUCCUCAAGAUGUUGAUUUGUAGCCAAACAAACAGUUGAAUUUGACUGGAACUCACGCUCAACUGUACAGUGUAAUUUUUAUAACCCAACUAAUAUAUUGGGAAAAUUUUCCAAGCAUGGUAUAGAAUACAAUUGCCGGAGCUAGUCGAGCGGUGAGUGCUGAGGUUAGUAUUUGCAUAUGGUAUAGCUAAGAUUUCUUCGAUCUCUUUCCUGUUUGAUGAUGCAGUUGGAUCAUUUCAGGAAAUAGAAACAAACUUUUGUAAGGUUGCAGAUGGGCAGAAAGAAUCAUGUAAGAUAGGUUUCCAGACAUUAUCAGAGCGGCAAAAGCUUCAAAUGCAUUGGUAAAACUUUUCAUCUUCGGUUUCAAAUCCAUUUUAACAAUUAAAGGGUUUGAGAUAUCUAUCUGAUAUGAGGAAGAAAUAGUUCGAUUUAAUUGAAAUUUUGUGACAAUGGCUUGAAAUUUUUCUUGGAGUUAACCAAUGAUUAUGGAAAUCAUAGAUGACUAGAAAACUCAUGUGUUUGUCA